AUGACCACUAGAGACGUCUCGCACCACACCGACAUCGGCAAGAUGAAGACGGAGGACGACGGCACGUUCAAGCGCAAGCCGUCCCAGUUCAGGGACUGGCUCGAGAAGGGCGGGAAGUUCGAGCCCGAGAAGGGCCGGUACCACCUCUACGUAUCCUACGCAUGCCCAUGGGCGACGCGCGCCUUGAUCAUGCGCAAGCUCAAGGGGCUCGAGGACUUCAUCGACGUCAGCGUCGUCUCCCCGCACAUGGGCGAGCACGGCUGGCCCUUCGCGAGCGCGGACACCUUCCCGGGCGCGGACGCGGAUCCGUUGCACGGCGCACAGCACGUCAAGGAUCUCUACCUUCGCGCGGCGCCCAACUACGAGGGCCGCUUCACCGUGCCCGUGCUGUGGGACAAGAAGCACAGCACCGUCGUGAACAACGAGAGCUCGGAGAUCAUCCGGAUAUUCAACGCGUCGUUCAACCACCUCUUGCCCGAGGAGAAGGCGAAGCUGGAUUUCUACCCCGAGGGGCUGAGGAAGGAGAUCGACGAGGUGAACGACUGGGUGUAUGACACCGUGAACAACGGCGUAUACAAGUCCGGCUUCGCGAGUUCGCAAGCCGCCUAUGAAAAGGCCGUCCUCCCCCUCUUCGCCUCGCUCGACCGGCUCGAGAAGAUGCUCCAGGGCAAGGACUACCUCAUCGGCGACCAGCUCACGGAGGCCGACAUCCGGCUCUUCGUCACCAUCGUCCGCUUCGAUCCCGUCUACGUCGGGCACUUCAAGUGCAACAUCCGCACGAUCCGCGGCGGCUAUCCCGCCAUCCACCUCUGGCUCCGCAAGCUGUACUGGAACUUCCCCGCGUUCAAGGAGACGUGCAACUUCGAGCAUAUAAAGACACAUUAUUACUGGUCCCACCCAAUGAUCAACCCGCACAGAGUCAUCCCUGUCGGGCCAAUCCCCGACAUCCUGCCUCUCGAAGCUUAA